UUGCCCACCCAUACGCAAAGAGGACUGGUUACAUUUCCUGUAACACUGUAUUUGUACUGAAAGCACGGAAAUGUUGUCAUCGUAACGAAGUGGUUUAAAGCGGGUCUUCACAUAACUCCGAAGAUCAAACUCGCUCGACCGUUGGUGCAUCUGGAACCCAGCAAAGCCGCCACAGCACCCGAAUUAUUACAUCACAAGGAAUUGCCUUUUUAUUUUCUGUUGUGCAAAGGCGGGGAAUACAAAGCACGGUGCCAUCAAUAAAGUACUUUGAAUGCAUCCAGUAUAUACCAAAGACAUCAGGUAUAUACCAAAGACACAACCAAGAAAGUAUAGAGACUUUACUUUUUGAAGAUAACGGCAACUAACCCAGUACAUGGAUUAUCUGUGUUUCAGAGCACUCUGCUGCAAAGGACCUCCUCCUCCGAGACCAGAGUAUGAUGUGGUUUGCAUUGGUCUGACGGGCUCUGGCAAGACCAGUCUGCUUUCACGUCUUUGUAGUGAAGGCACAGAAACAGUUGUGCCUACCACAGGUUUUAGCAUCAAAGCAGUUCCAUUCCAGAACGCCAUCCUGAAUGUAAAGGAACUUGGAGGGGCUGACAAUAUCAAGAAGUACUGGAGUCGAUAUUACCAAGGCUCCCAAGGGGUGAUAUUCGUACUGGACAGUGCUUCUUCAGAAGAGGAGCUAGAAAUCGCAAGAAACGAGCUUCACUCAGCCCUGCAGCACCCCCAGCUCUGCAUACUGCCUUUCUUAAUACUGGCCAACCAUCAAGACAAGCCAGCUGCCCGCUCUCUACAAGAGAUAAAGAAGUAUUUUGAGCUGGAGCCCCUGGCCCGGGGGAAGCGGUGGAUUCUACAGCCCUCGUCGCUGGAGAACAUGGAGGCAGUAAGAGAAAGCUUCAUCCAGCUCAUCGGCCAGCUGGAAGAGAAGGACCUGGAGCCUGGAAGAGUAUGACAUGUCUGGAAAUCCACACUGAUAGCAGAAACUGUCCUGAAAAACACAUCCAUGUUUAACUGUACUGUACAUGUUGUUGAGUACGAGUAGUGUAUGUGAAUGAUGUAUUUUACUAUAACUGGAUAAGAUCCUUAAAGCCACUGGUAACAUAUUCAAUCCAUUUUAAAUUAAAUGUAAAAAAAACAAAAAAAACAUACGACCAAACCAGAAAAAACGAAAUCUUGUUUAUCACUAUUUGAGCUAUUUUAUUUAAACUGUGUAGAGAAAAUAAUGUGUUGGGCAUUUGUUGAAGUGAAACUUUUUUUCUCUGUGACUAAAUCGAUAGUUUAAUAUUAUAACACACUUGCUUAAUAUAUAAAUGAUCUGGUAAGCAUGGUAAUCAAGUGCAUUAGUAACUCAUAGCAAGGAAUGUUUUAGCAAUGCUGGUUCUAGUCUAGCCUUAUGUGAUAUGUCUACAAAUUACUUAUGGCCAAAAGUUUUGCAUCCCCUAGAAUUUUAGGAUUGAGACAUAAUUGAUUACAUGAUAUUAAAUAAAAUAUCUAAAUUAUGUUCAAAGAAACUACAAAAUGAUAUCGCAAAAGUCUACCAGAAGCCAUAAUAGUAGUAUAUUAUUUCAUGCUAGAUUUCAAAAUGUCAAAUUUUUCAAUUUGUCAGUUUUUCAUUCAAUAUAUGGAAAACUACAAAGCGGUGUGUAAUUCAAUACGUUAACGUAAUAUUAUUCAGCAGGUUUCAUUGACUUUAUGAAGCAACAUGAGUUCAUUCUAUUGGGUGCUGCAAAACGGUUGGCCAUAGCUGUACAGUAGAAGGAGAUCACUAGAUGUUACCAAAAGUGAAAUGUAUUGGGAUGCUGUAGAGUAAAAAUAAGGGCUCUUCAUUUUCACCCAUUGAUAAAUGACGAGUGUGCAUUGCAGGUCUUUAUUUAGUUUUGCUGGAUCUUGGCUUCAUUUUUAAACAGCACUGCUCUAACGUAUUUGUAUGGUCAUCAAAUGACUAUCUGGUGUUACUGUUGAUCUUCCCUUCUGAGGUGCUGUAGAAGACCAACAACUCUAAUAUUGUCUUAGACUGAUGUAAGUCUGCACAACCCCCUACAGGCUUUGUGAUCAUUUUCGUUUUAAUUUCAGCACACUGUCUGAAACCUCACAUGAAGACUGUGGGAUGUUAUGCUUUACCGUUUGGUUCAAUGCUUUAGAAUGCUGCAGCAUUCUCCUCAGCAGAAUAAAAACACUAUCAAUCAAGAGUCAGAGCAGCUGUUUGUGACAAGUCCCUGUCUGACGCCUAAUGCCUUCCACCUGUCAGUAAGGUCCCCCCCCUGUCUCCGGCCUCUGUGUGCCACUGCCCUCAUGCAUGUGUACGUUACUGCUGUUCUCAAAGCCUGUCCUGGGCUUCUUAAUGUAGAGUCUUCAUUCCCUGUCUCCCUCCUCUGUGUGCCACUGCCCUCAUGCAUGUGUGUGUUACUGCUGUUCUCAAAACGGUUUGAACAAAUCUCUGACUUUUUCGUAAUUUUUUUUUAAAGAGUGUGCUUGGUGCAUCUCAUUGUAUUUAUAGAAUCUAUCAAAUGUUUAUACCCUAUUAGCCAAUGUAACUGCCUUUUUUGUAAUUAAUUAAUAAUAUCUGAAAUUUGUAUGUUUAUUACAGCUAGUCUUGUAGUUGAAUAGGCACAUAGCCUGUGUUUUGUACUGGAGAAAUACAUUCUCUAUUUAGCAGUUAACUGACUCGUGUGGGCAUCUGCCAGUCAUGCCCAAGUUCUACUGUGUAUAUGUGUGAUUUCUACAUGAUUUCCACGCUCCAGCAAUGACAAUAAAGGCUGAGUAGAAGAGG